AUGGCUGGACCGCCAAGCGAUCAGGGACCAGCCAACAGAAAGGGAAAGGAAAGCGCAGAGACCAGCAAAACAGCAAAACAGCGAGCGACAGACUCGACAGACACCGAUCAGUUACAGAGAUUCAGCGCCAACCCGCGGUUGGACCUCUCUACCAAUUUCAACCCAAAACUUGAUAUGAUCGGUGAUCUCCUCUUCCCGUCUUCCGCGAGUGGCGGAUUGCCUUCAAACCCGACCGAUAAAGCGAUGCGCGUUCGUCCAGGCUAUCAACGGUUGUACCUCGCACUGGCACGACUGGUACGGAGUACAGUUGCUAUUGCUCGCAACGCGAAUGCUGGGAUCAACAGGACACCAACCAUCAACUUUUCCCCAGACUUUGCCAGUCUCGAUUAG